CCACAAAAAAGAAAAAAUCUUCAGGGGGAUUGCUCUCUUAUCCACAACUCACCCAUGGACUGUCUCCAACUCUAGAAAUUCUCUCUCUCUCUCUCUCUCUCAUACACACACAAGUGUGUUUUGUUUGUCUAGACUAGAAUACAAGAUGGCAUCCAUGUCAAUUCAAUAUGGUAUUAUUAGAGGAACUUUCACAUACCCCUCAAUUCCUGUGAAGCACAAGGCCUUUUCUUUGGAUUCAGCCAACAACAUUCUUGACCUGAGAUUCAGAAGCAGGGGACCUGAGAUUAGAAGGAUUCAAAAACUCUCUGUUUCAUCUGCCACAGAAGCUGUAGAAGCUGAAACUGAUACAUCCACAGAGAAUCCCUCCUCUGCAACCCCACAGGACUCUGUUCCUACCCAACAAACUGAGAAACCUGAGGUGGUGGUGAAAACAAUAGAGAAACCGCGGCUGGUGUUGAAGUUCAUAUGGAUGGAGAAGAACAUCGGUCUUGGCCUCGAUCAAGUCAUACCAGGCCAUGGCACCAUCCCAUUAAGUCCAUACUUCUUUUGGCCAAGGAAAGAUGCAUGGGAAGAAAUCAAAACCACUCUAGAGGGUAAGCCAUGGAUUUCCCAAAAGAAAAUGAUCAUACUCCUUAAUCAAGCCACUGAUAUCAUCAAUCUCUGGCAACAGAGUGGUGGCAACUUGUCCUAAACACACAUACUUACAUAAUGUACUUUGCCAUGUUCUUGAUCCAAAUUUGCAAAAUCCGAGUUUGUAGGAUUGUAAAGUGUUGCAUUUUAACUGUUUGUGUUUCUUUAAUCCACCAUGAUUGCAACAUUCAAUUGUCUUAUCUGAUAUGCUUCUGGGUGUUGCAAAAUUUGAGUUUGAUAAUUGUGAAUUGCUGCAUAA